AUGGCCUCUGUUCUCAAAGCUCAAAAAAUCAAUGCCUCCAGAGUUGACAAAGGAAAAAGAAAAGCAGAUGAUAUGGAUAUUGACGACGACGAACCCCAAACCAUCGUAUCGAAGAAAAUGAAGAAUAAACAGCGCGUAUUGUUACUCUCUUCUCGAGGCAUUACACAUCGUAUGCGGCAUCUUAUGAACGACAUCGAAGCUUUAUUGCCUCAUGUGAAGAAAGAUUCCAAGCUUGAUUCGAAAUCCCAACUUCACCUCCUCCCCGAAUUAGCUGACUUACACAAUUGCAACAAUACAUUAUACUUUGAAGCUCGGCGGCAUGAAGACCUCUAUCUUUGGGCCGCCAAAAUGCCGAAUGGACCGAGUAUAAAAAUGCAUGUGCAGAACGUGCAUACGAUGGAUGAGCUAAAGUUGACGGGGAAUUGUUUGAAAGGGAGCAGAGGACUGUUGUCCUUUGAUCAGAGUUUUGAGGAGACGGAGUGGGGGAAACUGACGAAGGAGGUCUUCACGCAUAUAUUUGGCGUCCCAGCAACCGCAAGGAAAGCAAAACCAUUUAUUGACCAUAUUUUAACAUUCUCGAUAGUGGACAACAAAAUCUGGUUCCGUAACUUCCAGGCGAGUAUUAGAAGGCGCCUUACUUUCGAGUCUCAUUUCUCCCCCACAGAUACUCGAGAAAGACCCUGCUCAAUCUAAUGGACCCCCACAAACCACUCUAGUUGAAAUCGGCCCUCGAUUCGUCCUGACACCGAUCAGGAUCUUUGAAGGUGCAUUUGGUGGUGCAACUGUUUAUUCCAACCCUGAAUUCGUUUCACCCGCCGCUGUAAGAUCCGCUAUAAGGAAAGAGAAGGCACAGAAAUAUAACGUCCGCAAAAAUGCUGAGGAUGAAUCUACUCGUCGGAAGGAAAAACAGGCGCGUGGGGAGGACGAGUUGGCAGUUUCGAAGGUUUUUGCAUAAGAGGUUGAUUCGAAUACAAUUACCCUCUAGCUUUCUACUUUCCUGCUUCCUACUGUACUAUACAGUAGUGCAAUGAUUUGCGGGGGAACCGGCCUCUCUUUACAUAAUUGUUACAGUAGCAGAAA